AUGUGGCCCAAUGGCAGUGCUGCUCCCUUCCUGCUGACUGGCUUCCCGGGGCUGGAGGCCUCUCAUCACUGGGUCUCCAUCCCCUUCUUUGUCAUCUACGUCUCUGUGCUUCUGGGAAACGGCACACUGCUCUACCUCAUCAAGGAUGACCACCACCUCCAUGGACCCAUGUACUAUUUCCUUGCCAUGCUGGCGGGCACAGACCUCACAGUCACGCUGACCACAAUGCCUACUGUAAUGGGGGUCUUGUGGGUGAAUCACAGAGAGAUCCGACCUGGGGCCUGCUUCAUACAGGCCUACAUCAUUCAUUCCCUUUCCAUUGUAGAAUCGGGGGUCUUGCUGGCCAUGUCCUAUGAUCGUUUUAUUGCCAUUUGCGCGCCUCUGAGAUACAACUCUGUCCUUACGAAUUCCAGGGUGAUAAAAAUAGGUCUUGGCGUGGCACUGAGAGGCUUUUUAUCUCUUAUUCCCCCAAUCGUGCCUCUCUUUUGGUUCCCAUACUGCCGAUCCCAUGUCCUUUCGCAUGCCUUCUGCCUCCACCAGGAUGUCAUGAAGCUCGCCUGUGCUGAUAUCACACUUAACCGCUUGUACCCAGUUGUUCUGGUUGCCUUAACUUUCUUCUUAGAUGCUCUGAUCAUUGUCUUUUCUUACGUCCUGAUUCUCAAGACGGUUAUGGGCAUUGCCUCUGGCGAGGAGCGAGCGAAGGCCCUCAACACUUGUGCCUCCCACAUUAGCUGUGUCUUGGUGUUUUACAUCACUGUGAUAGGCCUGACCUUCAUCCACAGGUUUGGAAAACACUCCCCACAUGGGGUCCAUAUUACUAUGAGCUACGUGUACUUUCUCUUCCCUCCACUGAUGAACCCCAUUAUCUAUAGCAUCAAGACCAAGCAGAUCCAGAGAAGCAUCAUUCGCCUAUUUUCUGUGUACAGCGUGGCUUGA